GAGUAUGAUAAACUGUUGAAGUAAGUCACUAGCGUUGCAGACAGUGUCGUGGGUUUUACAUAAUCUGUGUUUAAAAAAAAAUAAAAAAAAUAAUAAUAAUAAAAUGCCCGAAAUAGUUCACGUACAAGCUGGACAGUGUGGAAAUCAGAUAGGAUCUAAGUUCUGGGAGAUAAUAUCAGAUGAACAUGGAAUUGACCCUAAUGGCAUCUACCGGGGGGAGAAUGACCUUCAGAAGGAGAGGCUCAACGUAUACUACAAUGAAGCUUCAAGCGGCAAAUACGUGCCCCGGGCUGUGCUCGUGGACCUGGAGCCAGGCACCAUGGACUCUGUGCGCUCUGGUCCUUACGGCCAGCUGUUUAGGCCUGAUAACUUUGUCUUUGGCCAGAGCGGAGCUGGCAACAACUGGGCCAAAGGUCACUACACAGAGGGCGCUGAGCUCGUCGACUCUGUCCUGGACGUCAUCAGGAAGGAGGCUGAGAACUGUGACUGUCUUCAAGGUUUCCAACUUACACAUUCAUUGGGCGGAGGCACCGGGUCGGGCAUGGGCACAUUACUCCUGGCCAAAAUCCGGGAAGAAUUUCCCGAUAGGAUCAUGAAUACAUUCAGCGUUGUACCUUCUCCCAAGGUGAGCGAAGUGGUGUUAGAACCUUACAAUGCUACCCUCUCAGUGCACCAGCUGGUAGAAAACACAGACAUGACCUUCUGUAUCGAUAACGAAGCGCUAUACAACAUAUGCUUCAGGACGCUAAGACUCCACAACCCUAGUUAUGGCGAUUUGAACCAUCUCAUCUCGUUGACAAUGUCCGGGGUCACCACCUGCCUACGGUUCCCGGGUCAACUGAACGCUGACCUCCGCAAAUUGGCCGUCAACAUGGUGCCCUUCCCGAGGCUACACUUCUUCAUGCCUGGCUUCGCACCUCUAACAGCAAAGAACUCCUUCAACUACAGACCGCAGACCGUUGCUGAGCUCAUGAGUCAAAUGUUCAACCCCGGGAACAUGAUGACCGCGUCAGACCCUCGCCACGGCCGCUACCUGACCGUAGCCACAAUGUUUAGAGGGCACAUGUCGAUGAGGGAAGUGGACCAGCAGAUCUUGGCAAUUCAGAGUAAAAACUCGAGCUACUUCGUGGAAUGGAUUCCUAAUAAUCUGAAAGUGUCGGUGUGCGACGUGCCCCCACGCGGGCUUAAAAUGUCGGCCACCUUCAUCGGGAACUCCACCGCGAUCCAAGAGAUCUUCAAGCGCAUCUCCGAGCAGUUCACCGCCAUGUACCGCAGACGGGCCUUCCUCCACUGGUACACCGGCGAGGGUAUGGAUGAGAUGGAGUUCACAGAAGCGGCCAGCAAUAUGGCCGACCUGAUCUCUGAAUAUCAACAGUAUCAGGAAGCGGAAGUUGACGACGUGGAAUUCAACGAAGAAGAAGAACUUGAGGAACAAUAUCAGGACAAUGUACACGAUCAAGUUCAAGUAGCCCACUAACCAGGUUGUGUUAUAAAUGAGGAGACUGCCUGCUUAACAACUUACAACCUUAUUUUACGCUAGUCUUUCGUUCGCAGUAAAAGUUCACUAUAAAAGCCCUUUAUGGAAGCGUUCAAGUAUUACGUAACGCAAUUUUUGAAGAUUUUUGAUUAUUUAUUUUUAUUAUAUAUAUUAUUUUUUAAUUUUCACUUGAUUACUUAAUUGCCCCUUUCGGAUCGGAUAGGAUAUUUAGUAAGCUUUAUAAGGCCCAGUACCCAAAUCUACUUUAUAGAAUUAUAACAAAAAUAUAAAUCGCUGGCAUAUAUACUGGUAAAUUAUUAUAUUAUACUGGUAAAUUAUUUACGUUAUAUAUGGAAAAUCAUGAUGUUAAAUCGCUGGCAAAGGAGAUAAAGUGUUUUAAUUAUGAUAAAAAUCAAAUUAUUUUAAUGUUAGACCCAAACUACACAUUGCCUUUGAGGCUAUAUACUCUUGUUAAUUUUAAUUACUGGCGGUACAAUGUUACUUUUGACGGCCGGCCGGAGAUGCUAGUCUUAUAAACCCAUAUUAUUUAAUCAUUUGCCUAAAACCAGUUUCAUAUCGAUAAAAGUUAAUUUCUUUUUUUUUUAGUGCAUGUUAACGGCCAGUCAACAAAUGCUUAAUUUAAACUUUUCUUAAUUUUGUCUCUGAUCAAAUAAUGGUUGUUAUUACGAAUACAUUUUUUUUUUAAAUUAAGUCUUAAUUUGAACGAUUCAUUCUUGUAGUGUGUAAGAGUAACUUACAUAUAUAAAUAUGUGUAAUUUAUUUAAUUUUGAGCGAUGGAAAAGUGAGUUUUUGAAAAUUAUUUUAUACGAAUGUUUUUAGGAAAUAUAUGUAUAUUGGAGCUUAUUUUUUUUGUA